AUGGAAAGCCAUGGAAGUUUAGAGAAUCAUAUUUCUGCUUGGGGUGUGUCAACUUCACUCACCAUUCAAAUGACUCUAAAAGCUGCAAUAGAGCUCGAUGUGUUCAACAUCAUUGCCAAAGCAGGGUCUGGAGCUCAUCUUACAUCAAAACAAAUUGUUUCCCACAUCCCAACCACGAAACCAAACUCAGCAAUUGAAAACUUGGAGAGAAUUCUAAGGUUUCUUAGUUUCCAUUCCCUACUAUCAACAUCUCAAACACCAAACCCUAAUGACCUGACCAUCAAAGAAACCAGCUACCGGCUUACAAAGGAUGCCCUUUGCCUAGUCCCCAAUGAAAAUGGAGUUUCUUUUGCUCCAUUUUUGAUUUGGUGCUCUGAAAUGCACACUUUCAAGAGCUUGUCCAUGCUCAAAUACACGGUGCUUGAACCGAAGAGUACUCCAUUCCUGAAAGCUCAUGGGGAGACCAUGUAUGAAUACAUGUCCAAGAAGCCAGAGUUGUGCCAAUUGUUUGAUAAAGUAAUGAGGCUUCACUCUCAUAUAUACUACGAACAAAAGGUGUUUGAAGAGUAUAAAGGUUUUGGAGAGGUGAAAGAGCUUAUGGAUGUAGGAGGGGGCGAUGGAAGUGCCAUUGCCAAAAUAGUGUCAGUAUAUCCUCAUAUUCAGGGAAUCAACUUCAAUUUGCCCAGUGUGGUUGCUCGUGCUCCUGAAUAUCAAGGUCAGUAUACUAACAUAUCAUAG